AUAUUUUUAUUGCGUGUGAAUGUGCAGGGAAGAUCUGGCUGUUAACUCCCAUGUUGAACUGUGCUUUUGUUUGUUUGUUUGUUUUAUCUUAUAGGUAUGUGGAGAUCACAGUAAAAAAUAGAGAGGGAAGUAUCUCCGGGGUUUUGGAGAGACCCUUCAGCCAAGCAGAACAUUGCACAAAAGGCACUGGAUGAUCAUAGCUAAACAAUGUCUGGACUACGUGGAGCUGUCCAUGCAAAAUGGAUAAUAGGGAAAGUAAUUGGAACCAAAAUGCACAAAACUGCCAAAGUGAGAGUAACAAGGCUUGUGCUGGAUCCUUAUUUACUAAAGUUCUUUAACAAGCGAAAAACUUAUUUCGCUCAUGAUCCAUUGCAGCAAUGUGCCGUCGGAGACAUUGUUCUUCUAAAAGCUUUGCCGGAGCGGAGGACCAAAAAUGUGAAACAUGAACUGGCUGAGAUUGUUUUCAAGGUUGGAAAUGUCAUAGACCCAGUGACUGGAAAGGCCUGUGCAGGAACCAGGUUCCUGGAAAGUCUAACAGACUCAGAAAGUCUAACUGAGGCAGACACCACCUAUCUAAGUGAAAAGCUCCAAGAACUAAAUGUUUCCUCAACAGAGAAAUAAAGGGUGGGAAGAGGCCAAUAAACUGAGGGCUUUACCUCUCAUCUUUACAUGAGGGAUUGGUUGUACCCAUUGUCUUAGGAUGUAAAAUCUUUCUAUUGUUAGUAACAAUAAAUAAUAAACUGAAUUACUUCCAACACCAAAAUGACAGAGAUAUUUUAAAAUUGGGGAAUUUAUCAAUUAGAAAUAAUGUGGAAAAAACUUAAAUCACAGUUAAGCUGUGUUUUCAAUGUUUGAUUUUCUUAACACACAGUUUUGCCCUAUCUUUAGCAAGAAUGUCAAAAUUAUCACCUCAGUCACAAAAUUAAGAAUGGUUCUUCUUUAUUAAGAUGUUUAAGAGAAUAAAUCUAUAUAUAGUUUAAUAUUCAUGGGAGGAUGUUUUUCCCAUGUUUGACUGUCUGAACCCUGGAACUGAAUCUGAGUUUUGUAGCCUUAUAUUUAAAGUAACACAAUUAAAACUUUUUUAAAAUA